AUGAAUAAAAUUUUGGUGAAAAGGGUGAGAUGUUUACUUUCUCAAUCAAAGUUGCUGAAAUACUUUUGGGGAGAAACAUUGAGCACAGUUGUACAUCUUUUAAACCUCACUCCAUGUGUUCCAUUGAAGUUUAAUGUUCCAAACCAUGUUUGGAGUGGCAAAUAUGUUUCUUACGAUCAUCUUUGGGUGUUUGGGUGCAUGGCAUAUAUGCAUAUUUCGAAGGAUGAGAGAUUGAAAUUGGAUGAGAAAUCGAAGAAAUGUGUAUUUGUUGGGUAUGGACUUGAUGAGUUUGGGUAUCGAUUCUUUGAUCCAGUUCAAUGGAAGCUUAUUCGUAGUCGUGAUGUCGUAUUCAUAGAGGAUUAUACCAUUGAGGACAUCGACAAAGUUGAGAAUAAAGAUCAGAUUUUUAAAGAUGAAGAAAUGGUUGAUACAAACUCAACUAAUAUUGCUCCAACUCCUAUCACUUUCGAAGUUGUUCCAAUUCAAAAUCAAAAUAUGAAUUUGAAUGUUGAUAAUGCUUUAAAUCCUAAUAAUAUUGUUGAUGUAGGUGAUACAAAAGACGUUGUUGAAAAUGAGGUUGAUCAAGAGGUUGAAAGUUUUGAGAAACCGGUUGCUUAUAAUGAUUUGAGGCGGUCUACUCAUGAUAAAAGGCCUUUCGUUCAAUACCCCUCGAACGAGUAUGUUUUUCUUACCGAUGGUGAAGAACUUGAAAAUUUUAAAGAAGUUUUGGUGGGUGAGAAAAAAGGAGUGGAUGAAUGCCAUGAAGGAUGA